UUUAGAAGCAUAGUACUCGGCAUGAGUUGUACACUUCGUGUUGUUGCUUUUGAAAAGUACCUUUUUGCCAUUCUCGCUCUUUGGGAUAGAACGGAACAGACUAGAUCCCUUCUCGCUGCUCAGAUUCUGUGAAGCGAUUAGUAAUAUCUUCUGGAAAAGCCAGCCAGACCAGUUGGAUGCCUUUUUACAGGUUUCUCUGUAGGAGACUUUUAUUUGCUCAUCCCGCGUCGCCUUGUUAAAAGUUUGAAGUACCAAAACCUUCCUAGGGGCUAGGAAUCUGUUCGUUGACAACAAAUGGCUAAUCCUAAUUGUCUCUCCAAUGGGCAUUUACACUGUAGUCAGAAAAGGAAUAACUUCUUAAAGCAUGAAAUUCACAAGAAGAAUGGAGUCGUUAAAGAAAUCAAGGAAAAUGGUGUAACAAAUGGAGGCAUCUACAAAAAAACAUUUAAUGAGUCUUUUGAACAAGCUCCAAUGUAUGUUGCUGUUCUUACAUUUGUGGGUUUUGGAGUAGCAACAUUAUCCGGCUACCUGCGAGAUUUCUUGAGAGCCUAUGGAUUACAAAAGGGUGUUGGCCCCACAGAACGGAAAGAACAAAAGGAUUUUGUACCACUUUAUCAAGAUUUUGAAAACUUUUAUACAAGAAACCUCUACAUGCGAAUAAGAGACAAUUGGAGCCGCCCUAUCUGCAGUGCUCCUGGACCAAAAUUUGACUUGAUGGAACGUGUUUCAGAUGACUACAACUGGACAUUUAGAUUCACUGGAAGGACAAUCAAGAAUAUAAUCAACAUGGGCUCAUAUAACUACCUUGGCUUUGCAGAAACUGAGCAUAAUGCCUUAAAAACUGUGAAAGAUGUGUUAUAUAAAUAUGGCACAGGAGUAUGUAGUACCAGACAAGAAAUGGGCAAUCUUGAUAAACAUGUGGAGUUAGAAAAUUUGGUGGCUGAAUUCCUUGGUGUGGAAGCAUCUCUAGCAUUUGGCAUGGGGUUUGCUACAAAUUCAAUGAACAUUCCAGCAUUGGUUGGGAAGGGAUGUCUUAUUUUAAGUGAUGAACUGAACCAUGCUUCACUUGUUCUUGGUGCAAGGCUCUCUGGAGCCACUAUCAGAAUCUUUAAACACAACAAUGUACAGAGCUUAGAAAAGCUAUUGAAGGACGCAGUAGUACAUGGACAGCCUAGAAGCCGAAGAGCAUGGAAAAAAAUUCUUAUUCUUGUAGAGGGCAUUUACAGCAUGGAAGGCUCCAUUGUACACUUACCAGAAAUAGUUGCCUUGAAGAGAAAAUACAAAGCCUACCUCUACUUGGAUGAAGCCCACAGCAUAGGUGCAAUUGGCCCAACAGGCAGGGGAGUUGUGGAGUACUUUGGAAUGGACCCCAAUGAUGUUGAUGUAUUGAUGGGAACAUUCACCAAAAGCUUUGGAGCAGCUGGAGGAUACAUAGCUGGCAGAAAGGAACUAGUGGACUACUUACGUGUUCAUUCGCAUAGUGCUACAUAUGCCACAUCUAUGUGUCCUUCUAUAGCAGAACAAAUAAUAAGAGUAAUGAAAUGUGUCAUGGGACUAGAUGGAACAACACAAGGACUUCAGAGAGUACACCAGCUAGCAGAAAACACAAGAUACUUCAGACAAAGAUUGCAUGAACUGGGCUUCAUUGUUUACGGCAAUGAGGAUUCUCCUGUUGUCCCUUUGCUCCUUUACAUACCUGGCAAAAUUGGGGCAUUUGCAAGACGCAUGUUAGCCAAAAGAAUUGGGGUGGUUGUGGUUGGCUUCCCAGCUACUCCGAUCACAGAAUCCAGGGCUCGGUUUUGUGUGUCAGCUGCCCAUACACGGGAGAUGUUAGACAUGCUGUAGGUCAUUGAGGAUAUCUUGUUCAAUGGUUUUCCAAACCCUGGAAUCAACACUGGUUUGUACAGUGAAGCUUGCCUGUUGCUGUCCAAUUUUGACAUAAAAGAAGAUCUACGUACUUGAUGGUUUGCCACCAGUUUCUCUUGGCUAAAGACAGAACAAAGAAAAAAGAAAGUUGUACUAUCCUAUAAAUAAAAUAUUUACUGUCCUGAUUUGGUUAUGGACCUACUAGCUGAAUGAAGAGGUAUCACAUAAUCUUUGUCCCAAUGUAUUUACGAAGAUAAAUGCAGAUACUUUAUAAAUCAUGCAACUAAAUAAUGAAAGGUCAUUUAACUCAGAGUACUAAAGGUAUUUUCAGUCCAUUUUUACCACUGUGAUGAAAAUCCAUAACAAAAGCCUUCUUGAUUCAUAUGCUUCUACUAUUUAAAUAUUAAUAUUAACAACAAUGCUAUUACCUGCUUUUGUACACUUGGCUUGUAUGGGAGGAGUGCUGUUUGAGGCUGCUUUUAAACCUCACCUUACAAAAGCAUGAAUAAUGACUGCUUUUGUCAUUAACAGCUUCAUGUUUCUGGGACUGGAAUGGUAAGACUGGCACUAAGACUGGAUCCACUGUCGUAAUUUUUCCAGUGGAGUUGAGGGAAAUGUUGUUAUGCAAAAACAUAUUAAGCAAGAGAACAUUUUUUAACAUUAGGAUAAAACCUAUUAUACAAAAAAUCAUAGAAAAUAAAAUAGACAGGACCAACAACGAUUUACAAUAUAAAAGGAAUUAAAAUUACAAUAAGGUUCUCAAGCAUGAAAAAAAAUGUACAAUCUUAUGACACAUCAACUUUCAAAACUACUGGUAUUCUACUUUAUGGAUUCAUAACGUUUGUAAUUAUGCAUGUUACUCAGUAUAUUUAUAUGCAUGUUUGUAAAUAUAUGCAUUAAACACUUAGAGAAUAUACAGUUGUGUAAGGAUAUUGGGUUGUUAUGGUACUCUAUUACAAUGUAAAAUAAAUUAAAAGAAGUGUUUAUAAAAUAAAGCAUUGAUGGUGGUGGGAAGAAAAAGGUAAGGUAGCUUCACAUUCUAUAAUGACCUGGUAGAAGAAGCCUGUUCUAAGGUGGGAGGCACUGAACAACUGUACAAGAGCCUUCCUCCUGAAAAGUGCUUGGUGAAAAUAAUUAGCCAAACUAACUAUUUAGACAAAACAGUCCAACUGUUUGGUUAACUGUUUAGAUAAAGCAUUCAAAAGCAAACAAAAUCCACUAGUAGAACAACCUAGAGGUUCACUUUUCCCUCUAGGGAAAAGGGAGUUGAAGAAGGGAGUGGCAAAUGCCAAGGCUCACCUCCAUAUUGGAGGACCAAGUGAUGCCACUGAUUAAUUUUGAGACCCAGUAGCUUUCAUCUUUCUGUUUGUAGCAUUAUUGAAAUUUCACUUGGAUUCUGCACUGGUCUGGAUCUCCUUUUUUGGGGUGGGGUACUUUUGGGGGGUGCAAAGUUGGGGUACUUCCAGAUGGAGAGCUCAUAACUCUCAUGCUAUAAACUGUAAGUUGAAUGGCAGUUGUGCUUCCAUGGUGUCAGGGGAUAUUGUGCUGUUUCUAUAGAUGCCUUGCAUCCACAAUGGUGCCCUUAACGUUUGACAUUUCUGUGUUUUUAAGAAGCAUGAUUUUGACAUUGGGCAGUUAAUGCUAUCACGCAUCAGUGCACAUUCACUAUACACAUUGCAAUGCAUGACACUUUCAUGUUUUAUAUUUAUUUUAAGUAGCACCAAAACACUUUCUAGCUAUAUCUUCUUUAAGAAGAAUUAACAGCAAAAUAGUACAUAUAUGUGUCAUGGCUUAUGGCUUUAGGGUACAAUCGUAUGGUCACUAGACACUGUUUAGGUGGCCGUGGGAUAGACUGGGGUCCCAGCUCUUACCGUGGAAAUGCAUUCCAUAGUUAGGACUGCAAGUAUGGAGCAUCCUCCCCACCACUGUGACAGACAGUGUGGUUCUUCCAGGACCAUUGUGGUGGGGGCAGGCAUUUUGAGGAAAGGGAAGGUGUAAGACUUCACAAAGGGGCAAAAGGCAUAGACAGCUGAAAUCCCACUUGUUUGC